UUUGCCCUGCUGUCACUCUACGUAAGGACCAUCCAUUGCUGCAGUGUCCUGCACUGCUCCUCCCUCGCUCCCCAGGCCACCUUCAACACCUCAUCAUGCUGCCUUCAACCCUGCUGGUACUGUGCCUUAUCCUGGUUUCAGCCCUUGCUCAGGACCCUGACCCUAAGGCAGUAGUGUCCAACAAAGGGGCCAACGACACACAAGGCACGGACGACGACUCGGACUGGGGUAUCGGUUCCAUCCGGGACAGCUUCGAGGCCGUCAACGGGUAUUUUGACUCCUUCCUGGAGGUGCUGGGAGGUCGCAACGGCGUGUGCCAGUACCGCUGUCGUUAUGGCAAAGCCCCUCUUCCUCGGCCCGACUACCAGACUCCAGAACCUGAUGGCUGCGGCUCCCAUUUUCUGGGCCUUCCAUUACCAGAAAGACUCGACUUUGGCAUCCCAGCCAUGACCAAGUGCUGCAACCAGCUUGACUUGUGCUACGACACCUGCGGCUCCAAUAAGUAUCGAUGUGACUCCAAGUUCCGCUGGUGUUUGCACUCCAUUUGCUCCGACCUCAAGAAGAGCCUGGGCUUCGUGUCAAAGGUUGAAACGUGUGAGGCAAUGGCCGAUACCCUGUUUAACACAGUGUGGACCUUGGGCUGCAAGUCCUUCAUGAACAGCCAGAGAGCUGCGUGUCUUUGUGAGGGAGAGGAAAAAGAUGAGCUGUAG